AUGCUCAUCACUAUCGGCAUCUCCCUCAUCGUGGCUGCGGCCGCCACCUGCGAGAUCACCUUUGUCGAGUGCAUCUCCGCCCAGAACUAUAUCGACGAGAAAGAGAAAUCGACCAAGAUCCAUGGAGACUACUUGAGCGAUAACACGGGGAAUGCAACGCAUUCAGUCGAUUACAACUAUGAGGACCUCCUGCGCCGAGCGCACAUCCACAUCCCGCCCGAAACUACCUCCGCCGUUUGA